AUGUUUAGUAGUAGUAACCUGAAGACCAGUGGUUUUGGCGGUCUUAGCGGACCGGCACCUGCUGGCGGAGAGCCUCCUCGCAAGUUGGCUCACUCACAGUCGAUGAUGGAUUUCCGUGGACAGCCUGGUGGUCUUAACGGAAGUCUAAAUGGUUCAGUUGGCACGGGUCUGGCACCAUCUGGUCAAAUUCCACAGCAACAGAUGUCUAAUGGCACGGCACAACAACAUCAACAAACGACACCUCCAGUUAUUGGCUUCUCAACACAAAAUCAGCAACAGCAAUAUCAUCUCCAGCAGCAGCAGCAACAGCAGCAACAGCAACAACAACAGCCAUAUAAUUUUUAUCCCCAGUAUAACUCAACUGCAAGCGUCAACAGCCCAGUGUAUUCUGGCGCUGCUGGAGGAGCAUCUACACCUCAUUGGGCUAAGCCAGAGCGAAGAAUCAUUCCAUCUCACUUGACUGUAUUUAGAAGAAAUCCACAUGAUAGAGAUGGUGGUGAAGAUGACGGAUUGAACCGGCAAAGAUCACGAGGAGGUGCUUCCAAUAGUGGUGGAUCCAGUGCUGGCCCUAGUACUCCAGGACUUCGAAGAUCAACUUCGCGAAGCUCAUUCGGACCUGGUUCUGAUAACACCGGACGAGGAAGACGCACUUCGAUCUCUCAAGGAACUGGCAGCGGAAGUGCAGGUCUUGGAAGUAGCAGUUCUGGUGCUGGUGGUAGCUAUUUUGAAGACCAUGAGGGACCUCGGUUUGGCACUUCGUUCGGAACUCCUAAGCCUGUUUAUUCUAAGAAGGAGAACAUUUUAAGUGAUGCCGAUGAUAUUCCACCAGUAGAGAGUAUUUAUGAUUCUGCUUUGUCUUCAUUUCAAGUGCGACACAAUUCGUCGUCAGAUGUCCCCAUAGUUGGACCCGGCAUGGGCUCGGCGGCUGGUGACGCUCCACUGAAUAGAAGGAGAUCGAUGAAUUCACGAGAUCGCGAGUCUUCUAAUAUUUCCAUCAGUAAUACUGGGUCUUCACUCAACAAGGCGAUUCCAGAAGACGAGCAAGAAAAUAAUAGACAGUCGUCUAGCUCAUCUGCAUUAUCUGCAUCGUCGACAUCAGCAGCUGCCGAGAGACGAGCUCGCCAACAAAAGCCUAAUUCUGUUGUGGUUUUCGGAUUCCCAUCAUCUCUUUCAUCAGCCAUUGUCGAGCACUUCUCUAGAUUUGGGACAAUUCUUGAAAAUGUGAGCUACCAAUCUAGAUCUCCUUUACGCCAUCAUUCAAAAUUACCAAAAGCUCCUCCAUUUCAAGCUGGUAAGAACUGGAUGCGAUUGACAUAUGCCGAGCCUCAAGGUGCUGCCCGUGCUGUACAGGAAAACGGCGUCAUCUUUGGGGGUGGUUAUGCCAUUGGUUGUGUAUAUAUCGACCAGUACAAUGGGGACCAAUUUGCCGAGGCUGGUGAAGCUACCAUGUUAGAAGAUAUCAAUGACGAGUCGAACAAUCUUAUGGAUGUGGAUUUCGAUCCUCCUACUCCUCAGCAUGUACAAAAUCGCACCAGACAGGUGCCCUCUAGAAGGGGCGAGUCUUCAUUCAGACGUUUCCCUCAUAACGUACAAAAGAGCAACGAGACUGAUGUGGGCGAUACACCACCACCUGCUGUGUCAUCCAACCAGGGCCUUCCACGUACAAUCUCCAUGCCUGCACUUGUAGGUGAUACGUCAGCAACAGGUACCCCUUCUAAACGACUCGAGGUCUUGUCUAAUCGUAGCAUUUUCAACCCCAAGCCACGGUCUACACGCAUGGCAUUGCUGUCGUCAUUUACUCAAAACAAACCAGCUGAUGAUACCACUUCCUCGGAUGGUGCAAAUAAAACCAUUUCGAAGCCAAAAGAGAGCUGGCUGAACUGGACGACAAAACGUGCCCAAGAACUGGUUUUCGGUUGGGACGAUUUAUAA